UGUUUUCGCACAGCAGAGGUUCACUGUGAGGCGCAAACACUAGUGAUCCUCCUCAGCCGCACGCGAGCUAAUCGGCACGCUUCCGCUUGAAUCAGCCAAUCAGAGCAAGGUGCGCUGCAGCUUAUAAACCCAUCUGCUGCCGAGCCUCUCCGCUCACUGUUCUAUGAAUCAUUGACCCGAGCUGCAUCCCUGAUCUACCACAACCGUGAAGAUGGCGGCCCGGACCAUGCAAGCGGCGCGAUGCCCGACAGAUGAGCUGUCGCUGACUAAUUGUGCCGUGGUGAACGAGAAGGAUCUGCAGUCAGGACAACACGUGACUGUGAAGACCACACCCAACCACAAGUUUGUGUUUACAGUCAAGACCCACCACACUGUGGCACCUGGAAGCAUCGCCUUCAGCCUCCCGCAGAGGAAAUGGGCCGGCCUCUCCAUUGGUCAGGAGGUGGAAGUGUCCAACUACAACUUUGACAAGUCCAAGCAGUGCAUUGGCGCCAUGACAAUCGAAAUUGACUUCCUGCAAAAGAAGAGUACCGACUCCUCCCCCUACGACUCAGACAAGAUGGCUGCGGAGUUUAUCCAACAGUUCAACAACCAGGCCUUCUCUGUGACCCAGCAGCUUGUGUUUAGUUUCUGCGAUAAGCUGUUUGGCCUGAUGGUUAAGGACAUCGAGGCCAUGGAUGCCAGCAUCCUCAAAGGAGAACCAGCCUCAGGGAAGAAACAGAAGAUCGACAUUGGGCUCAUGGUGGGCAACAGCCAGGUGAUUUUUGAGAAGGCAGAGAGUUCAUCCCUCACACUUGUUGGUAAGGCAAAGACCAAGGAGGCGAGACAGACAAUCAUUAACCCAGACUGGAACUUUGAGAAGAUGGGAAUUGGAGGUCUGGAUAAGGAAUUCUCCGACAUUUUCCGCAGAGCAUUUGCUUCCAGAGUUUUCCCUCCAGACAUUGUGGAGCAGAUGGGUUGUAAGCACGUGAAGGGCAUCUUGCUGUUUGGACCUCCAGGCUGCGGUAAAACACUGAUGGCCAGGCAGAUCGGCAAGAUGCUCAACGCCCGCGAGCCUAAGAUCGUCAACGGCCCAGAGAUCCUGAACAAGUACGUGGGAGAGUCCGAGGCCAACAUUCGCAAACUCUUCGCCGAGGCAGAGGAAGAACAGAAGAGGCUGGGAGCCAACAGCGGCCUCCAUAUCAUCAUCUUUGAUGAGCUGGACGCCAUCUGCAAGCAGAGAGGCACGGGCGCCAGCAGCACGGGCGUGCACGACACUGUGGUCAACCAGCUACUGUCUAAGAUUGACGGUGUGGAGCAACUCAACAACAUCCUGGUGAUCGGUAUGACCAACAGGCCUGACCUGAUAGAUGAUGCCCUGAUGAGGCCUGGCAGGUUUGAGGUCAAGAUGGAAAUUGGUCUGCCUGAUGAGAAGGGGCGUGUCCAGAUCCUGACCAUCCACACAAAUAAGAUGCGGAGCUUCAACCUGCUCGCUACUGAUGUCAACAUCAAGGAACUGGCGGCUGAGACUAAGAACUACAGCGGUGCAGAGUUGGAGGGGCUGGUCAGGGCUGCUCAGUCCACUGCCAUGAACCGACACAUCAAGGCUACAUCUACAGUGGAAGUGGACAUGGAGAGGGCAGAGAAGCUCCAGGUCACCAGAGAUGACUUCAUGGGAUCCCUCAACAAUGACAUCAAACCAGCAUUUGGUACAAACCAGGAGGAUUACUCCAGCUACAUCAUGAAUGGCAUCAUCAAAUGGGGUGACCCAGUCACUCACGUCCUGGAUGAUGGAGAGCUGCUGGUACAGCAGACCAAGAACAGUGAUCGCACACCACUGGUGGCUGUGUUACUGGAGGGGCCACCUCACAGUGGGAAGACGGCCCUGGCAGCUAAGAUUGCAGAGGACUCGCAGUUCCCCUUCAUUAAGAUCUGCUCUCCAGACAAGAUGAUUGGACACUCAGAGAUCUCCAAGUGCCAGGCAAUCAAAAAGGUCUUUGAUGAUGCUUAUAAAUCGCAGCUCAGCUGCGUGGUGGUGGAUGACAUUGAGCGUCUGUUGGACUAUGUCCCCAUUGGGCCUCGUUUCUCCAACCUGGUACUUCAGGCUCUGCUGGUGCUGCUGAAGAAAGCCCCGCCAAAGGGUCGGAAGCUGCUCAUCAUUGGCACCACCAGCAGGAAGGAUGUGCUACAGGAGAUGGAGAUGCUGGAUGCCUUCAGCACCACCAUCCACAUUCCCAACAUCUCUACUGGGGACCAGCUAGUCGAUGCUUUAGAGCUGCUGGGGAGCUUCACAGAUAAAGAGCGGGCCAGCAUUGCUCAGCAGCUCAAAGGGAAGCGAGUCUGGAUUGGCAUUAAGAAACUCCUUGUGCUCAUUGAGAUGUCACUGCAGAUGGACCAGGAUUACAGAGUGACCAAGUUCCUGUCUCUGCUCCGAGACGAGGGGGCGUUGAAUGAAGGCGAUCAAAUCCGAAUUUAAAGCUGUCAGUCGCUCUGCACUGUACGCUGUGCACUGUGAUCGCAGCUUCUACGAGUAGAGGGGCUGGAGGAGUGAAGCCACCAUCUUAUCAUCAACAUGCCGCCCGUGAGACAAAAUGAGGAAGACGAGGAGGAGAAGAGAUCUUCCUCUAACUGAUCCACCCAGCAAUCCAUCCGUCUGUCUGUCCGUCUAAAUACACACCUGGUUAGAGAGAGGAACGCACAAGUCCUCUUUAUCUCAGCAUGCUUCAGUAGGCGAUAUCACUGUCUCGCUGUCCUACUCAACAGCAGCAACACACGUUGACACACUGCAGCAAACUCCUGGAAGUUAUCUGUAAAGAAACUGCAAUAUAUGAUUGUAAAAAGUGCUGUUUUGUGCAUUGUGCGUAAAAAUAACCAAAAAAAAAGGUCAUGUAUGUUUUUUCGCUAUUGUAUUUGUUGCUUGUCCUGCUACAGAUAGUUAUUGUUAGCGUGAUAUGUAUCCUCACUAGCCCAAGCAGUAGAAACAGAGUACAUCCAAAACUGACACAAAUCCCACAUCCCUUUGAAUAUUUGAGAUGUGAAUCUAUGAGAGGCUUUUAGUGAAAAUGUAGUGGCUGUAAAAAUGAAGCUCAUCCAUGUGCAAAUGUACACCCUUUAAUUAUACAGUAUGUUCCUUGUUCAUGUUCUGUAAAUAGUAUAUAUAGACAAAAUGCAGUAUAUCAUGAGAAUAAUUUAAAUGAUCUGUCUCAAGUGUAUUUCUCAUUAUAUCAGUAUGACUCUUCCCUAUUGCUCUGGAGACGUUGACUUUACCAGGUUUGUGUAAUAGUGAAAGUAAAUGUUGGAUUGUUGGCCUGUCUGUCUGUGUUGCGUGCAGUACAGUUCAGUUCAGUCUAGUUAGUGUAGUUAUGGCAUCAUCAGUGUUAAAGAUAAAAAAAUAUUCUGCACUUUUAACAAUGACUCUAAAGACCUUUAGUACUUAUCCAGUUUGUGUCCGUUCGUGUGCAUGUGUGGGGAACUAAAUGCUGCAUGUGUCAAGUGUGUAAGAGCGUGUGUGAGCGUGUGGUGCCAGAAUGUGCUUUUGAAUGUGAGCACGCUUGUGUUUAAGUGUGUGUGUGUGCAUCUAAAUUCAGGCUUACACAGUUGGUGGUUAAUUUGUGGAUUUUUUUUUUUCUCAAGUCAUGUGUUCAGUGCUUCUUGUCCAAAGUUCUUAUUUUGUUUUGAUCUUUGACAAUGUGUGUGUGUGGGUGUGUGUGUGUGUGUGUGUGUGUGUGUAAAUAUAUAUCAACAUGCAGAUGUAUUAUUGCAAUAAAAAGCACAGAUGCACAGGAAA